AUGACCGACAAUCAACCGCCACCAUCAACUGCAGGUCCUUCAAGAUCAGCACGCCGUCUUCUACCGGCGAGCUGCUCUGGCGAAAGACCGAAAUGCCGUCGCUGUGGUGAACGCAAUCUUACGUGUAACUUUCUGGCUAAGCCUGGAGAAACUAGAAUUCAAGCCUUUCAUCGCAGUUCAGGCAACUGCAAAGAAAGCAAGCAAUCCAUCUUUGAAGAACUUGUUGGCCUGCUGAAAAAUCUACCUGACCAAGAUGCUCAAGAUAUUUUGAGAAAGAUCAGGUCGGGAUCGGAUGUUGGCUCAGUUCUACAGCAGGCUAAAUCUGGAGACGUUCUACUCCAAAUGGCUGUUACACCCGAAACUCGAUAUCGAUAUGAAUUUCCUUACAAAGCAAAUAUGCCAAGAGGAUACUAUAUUGAUAAUCCUUAUUUGAAGUCUAUGCUAUACGAAACAGCUUCCGUUUACUCCUACAAGGGAGGUCCGGAGUUGACAACACCAAGUGUUCCCGCCGAAGUCACUUCUGAAGAAGAGAAGAGUCUUUACUUAAAGCCCUUCCAUGCAGCACGAGUUGUCGAACCACUUCUCACCGACGCGAAGAUAUCGAAGUGGACACCCGUCUGUAAGGAUGAUGAGCUGAUGAGAGAGUUGAUACGCGCACUAUUGCGCUGCGAAUACCAAUUCACCGCAGCAUUUCAAAAGGAUCUUUUUCUCCAAGAUCUAUCAGCAGGACGAAAGAGCUUUUGCUCCCCCCUUCUCGUCAACGUGCUUCUUGCUUAUGCUUGUGUCUGCUAUCCGCAACUUUCUGGUCGCGUUGAGUACUGGAAUCCCAACAAUCUGACAUACCGCUUUAUGGCGGAGGCAAAGAGGUUAUGGGAGCUGGAAGCGAAGGUGCCGCGCAUCACGACUAUCCAAGCGGGCAUGCUGUUUGCUGUAUACCAUAACCUUUGCGGUCUAGAUGAGAUCGGAAAUGCGUACUUAAUACAAGCUGUGGCGCUGGGUCACCAACUUCGUAUUUUUGACACGCCUGUGGUGGGUCAGAGUGAGAGACUGCAGAGGGGCAGAGAGUAUACUGCAUGGGCUCUGUACAAUUGGGAAACCCUAUCUGCAUUCUCGUUCAUAUUCCGUCCAAUCAUCAAAGAGCCUCCUAUAUGGAAAUUACCAGAUCCCUCAAAAGACUCAUUGUGGUAUGGCGAAAUAUGGGUAAACUACCCCUUGAACCGUGGCCUUUCGCCCCUACAUCUGGGCGAAGUUAUUCGGGCAAGGAGCCAAUUCCGGAUUAUCAUGAACGAAUACUCCGAUAUAGCCUACACGGAAGGCUCUAAGGUAGAUCUCUACCAUGCUCAUCAUUUCCGCAGACGAAUGGAGAAUUGGUACAACAGUCUUCCAGAAUCCCUGACACCGAAAAGAAUUGUCCUACCGGGACAGCUACAAAUACACAUGAUGUACCACCAGCUGCUUUUCACCAUGUUCGAACCUCUACUCGACGUAGAGACAAACGAGGACCCAUCACCAGGCCACAUCGUAGCUAUCGCGAAGAGAAACCUUCAAACUCUUGUUAGACUCUACUUUCUCCGGCACGGUUUCGAAUCAAUGGAUCUUUUCAUUGUCAUACCACUCAUGAUCAUCGGCUCCGACUCCCUAGGUGCCAUCAACGACGACACUCCACCCUCAGAGCUAGAGGCUCUCCGAGCGGUACUUAUCCUCGUAGCUCAAGGUCUAUACAACCAACGUCGAAACCAUUACCUAGCCCAGGCGCUAUUUCGAGUUAUUCGAGGAAGCAUGCGUCCGCAAGAGAUUGGACUGUUGAAGUCUUCCAUGGCUUUGGAGGCUGGUGAUAUCGACCAAGAGCCGGAAUUGGCUGUUGCUGUGCGAAGUCAAUGGCCAGUCAGUGUGGUGAAGAGGAAAGAGGAUCUCAAGUUCCGCGUGUUGACCAAUCUUGUUGAGAGCUUUGGUUACAUGAAUGUGGAAGAGGAGACAUAA